AUGACAAACUCCAACGCCGUUGCUGGCCCUUCGUCCAUGCCGUCUCUCAUCCCCCACUACUCCAGUUCUCCGUCACCGCCGCCCCCAGCCCACCACUACCCACGCCCUCCCACUCCGCCCCUCCUCUUUCUACCCCCCGCCCCAGGUGUCCGCCAGCAGCCUAAGCAGCAUCUCGAAAGCACACAGGACCUCCUCGCCCGAUUUCACCUCCACCCCGCCUAUGACAAAUACGUUCGUCCUCUCGUCACCCCAGGCGACGACUUCGCGUCAGCUCCCACACACGAUCAGCAUGCACCUCCAGUCGACGGUGCCACAGAGAGGCUGGAUAAAGGAAAAGGGAAGGAGCGGGAUCCGGCCACAGCAGCAGUCACCCCAGGUCCCUCAGGUGCUACAGAGGCGGAUCACGCCGAUGGCCCCGAUGCUGACGACGACGAUGCUGCCGGGGGCAAGGGAGAGAAGAAAAAGAAGAACUCGUAUAAGCAUUUAAUCAAGGGUCUGCCUGGCAAGCAUUCGUUCAAAAAGGACGAAGAGCUCACCAAGAUCAUGCUCGCACCACCAAAACAACGCAUGCGUAUACUGCAAUUUGAUGCGAAAACUCAAGAAGAUGCAUUCACAGUAAGCGCAGAAGGCUUAAAAGGCUGGAAUAUCAACGCCCUCGUCCUCGAAUCCGCACAGGCCCGGGAAGACCGGAAAAAGAGAAAAGAGGCCAGGCGGCUCGCCAAACUGCAGCAAGCGCAGGCGCAGGCAAACGGAGUGGCCCUCCACCAUGCCGACUCCACUACAGGCGCAUCAACGCCUCAACCAUCUUUUGCUGGCACAACCCCUGGUGUGUCAACGCCCGGCGUAGCGCAACCUCAACCGGUAAAAGCAUCCAUGCAGGCGAGUGCAGGCGUUGGUGGUUCAGGUAUAAAGAAACCGGGUGGAAUUGUGCCCGGGAGAACGGGGACUCCUCGGACAGCGGCUGGAGCUGGUGUCGGUACUCCGAGACCUGUAUCCGCGGCCCCUCAAACUACGGUCGCUGUACCCAGCCCUGUUAUUGCUGCUCAGGCGUCAGUUGGUGGAGGCUCAGGCGUGGCUGGUGGGCCUGCUACAAUUCCAAGAUCGACAUCCACAAUUCCCAGGCCGGGGUCCGCUGUUCCAAGGCCGGGAUCAACCGUUCCAAAACCUGGGAGUGUACCCAUGAAACAACAGCAACCGUUGAGAUCGGGAACGCCGAUGGAUGUGGAUCAGCAGCGAGGGAAGAAGAGGGAGAGAGAUGACGGUGGUACAGUGAAUGGCGCAGUUAACGGGAAUGGGAACGGCGCGCAUAUGAAUGGUCAUAAUGGGCACAGCACGGCGAAUGGUACACAACAGUUUCAUCCUGGUCAUCAUGCUCUCAAUUCGAAAGCUGGUACGGGGAAUAUACGACCGAGGCCCAUCAAGAAGCAGAGAAUGCUUAGCAGGGUUGCUGUUACGAAGGAUAUGCAAGGACAAGCGAGAGAUGUCAAUGGACCAGUGCAGCAGCAACCAACGCCUCAAGGGGUUUGA